UGUGAAUUCAGUAAAGGCAGACUUACCAAGCAAACAAAUUAAAAUGUUUCUUAAGUGCCUACUAGCAGUCCUUGUGACAUCUCUUGUGUCUGCAGAACGACUUCCUGGACCUGAAGAACGGAUCAUUGGUGGUAAUCAUAUGGUCAUCGAAGAAGCACCUUACCAUGUGGGCAUUUUGGAAUAUGGCGUACAUAAAUGUGGAGGCGCCAUAUACAGUGAGAGGAUCGUUUUGACAGCAGCUCAUUGCUUAAACGCCUCAAAUGCCGAAAUCUAUUCAGUCCGAGCUGGGUCAAGCUUCCCGAAUUUCGGUGGUCAAGUGGUGGAUGUGCAAGAAGCGUACCGACAUGAGGACUUCAAAUAUACUACAAUCAAAAAUGUAACGUUGGUUGCCAACGAUAUUGCUGUACUCCUUUUAAAGGAUCGCAUUAAUCUAAAUACCCAAAGGACGCGGAGUAUCCAACUGGCUAAAAAGAAUCCAGCAACUGGAACUGAAUGCAGAGUCACUGGUUGGGGUGAUACUAUUUUCGGAUCCAAUUUGGGCGCUCCACGAUUACUUGGCGCCCGUCUCAACAUUUCGGAUUAUAAACUUUGCCGUACCAAAUAUUUUACUAAGUUACUAGGAGUUACUAAAGGUAUGAUUUGUGCCUAUACGCCAGGUAAAGACUCAUGCAAUUUCGAUUCUGGAGGUCCUUUGGUAAGCUUGCCAGACUUGAAGCUUAUUGGCAUCGUUUCCUGGGGAUAUAAAUGCGCAGAGCCCGACUUUCCUGGAAUAUAUACAAGCGUGUUUUCCUUUAGAGAUUGGAUCAAGAAUACAAUAAGUAAAAUUCAGAAGAAUACGAUUCAUAACUGAAGCAUAAAUUAGUUUUCAGCCAACAAAAUAAAAUGUUUAAUUUUACUGAAAAUAAAAUCCAAGCUAUACAUAUUUUUCACAAA